UUAGGUCCACAACUCCACAUGCAAGUCUUCAGUCGGUGUCAAUACAAUCUUUACUAGCUAAUUUGCGAUCUUAGUUGAUCCUCUCUACUACGUGUUAACUUGGAUGUUAAAUACCGCAUUUUGAAAGAUCAGCUAGCUUAAUCUGCCUCUCAUAAUUUUCUCUUCUCGAUCACUACCUUUCUGCAUCUUCUGCAGAUUCAAUGGUGCUUCUUCAUGAGUGUGCAUUUUGGUUUAUAUGUGUGCAUGUGAUUACCCAUCUCUUUCUUAUCAACUUUUUCCUACCUACCACUACUGCUGCAAAUGCAUUUGGCAAUGAAACCGACCGAUUGGCUUUGCUCAAAUUCAAAGAAUCCAUAGUCGCCGAUCCACACGGGUUCUUGAACUCAUGGAAUGGAUCUGUUCACUUCUGCAACUGGCAUGGAAUUACUUGCCGCAGAAGGCAUCAAAGAGUAACAGCUUUGAACCUACCGGAUGCUGAUUUGGAUGGAACCAUAUCACCUUACAUUGGCAACCUCUCCUUUCUCAGGACCUUCCGCCUUUUAAACAACAGCUUCUCCGGCAAGAUUCCACAACAAGUUGAUCAUUUGUUCCGACUGCGUCAUCUCAACCUAAGUUCCAACAUGUUGGAGGGGGAAAUUCCAGUCAGCCUAACCUUCUGCUCGAAAUUAAGCAUCAUAAGCAUUGCAUCUAACCGCCUUACUGGCAAAAUUCCUUCUGAGAUUGGCUCAUUGAUGAAGCUUCUGCAUCUUGAUCUUCAGAAAAACAAUCUGACAGGAGGCAUCCCACCUUCCUUGGGGAAUCUUUCAUCAAUCACUCUACUUUCCUUGCAAUAUAAUCAUUUGGUGGGCAACAUACCAGAGGAAAUAGGCCGAUUGAGAAGCUUAUCUACGUUUGCAAUUGGGGCCAAUAAACUCUCAGGUAUGAUACCUCGCUCCAUUUUUAACAUAUCAUCUAUAAAAAUCUUCUCAGUUGCACUUAAUGAGUUUAGGGGCAGUAUUCCACCUGGUAUAGGCCUAAACAUGCCUAAUCUCCUAAAAGUGUUCCUUGGGGCAAAUAAAUUCUCUGGGCAAAUCCCGCCUUCAUUUUCCAAUGCUUCUCAGCUUCAGCAGUUUGAUAUUGAGGAAAAUAAUUUUGUUGGGCUAGUUCCAACAAGUUUUGGAAAACUUCCCCAUCUCCAGUUUCUCGGCUCCAGUACGAAUAAUCUAGGAAGUAAUUCAUCUAAUGAUUUGGGAUUUAUAACAUCCUUGACAAAUUGCAGCAAUCUGGAAAUUCUUUCUCUCAGUUCUAACAAUUUUGGAGGUGUUUUACCUAACUCUCUAGUCAAUUUUUCCACCCACCUGACUAAAUUAUUCCUUGGGGGCAAUCCAAUAGGGGGAACGAUUCUUGAAACAUUAGGAAAUCUCAACAAUUUAAUACAAUUGAGCCUGGAUUAUAACUUAUUCACAGGUAUCAUUCCAGCUUCUUUUGGAAAGUUACAAAAGCUGCAAGAAUUAUAUUUGAAUUCCAAUAGAUUAUCAGGACGGAUUCCAUCUUCCCUAGGAAACCUCACCCAAUUGUCUAGACUCUGGGUAUUUGAAAAUGAAUUAGAAGGAAGCAUUCCUCCAAAUAUUGGUAACUGCCCAAAUCUGCGGGAGAUGGAUAUAUCACACAAUAAGCUUAGUGGAGAUAUACCAUCACAGGUCAUUGGUCUGUCCUUCUCUGUCUUGCUCAAAUUAGCGCAAAACUCGCUAACUGGCAUUCUGCCUGCGGAAGUGGGUAAGCUGAAGAAUAUCAAUAUACUGGACAUCUCUGAUAAUAAUUUGACAGGAGGAAUUCCAGAUGUUAUUGGAGGCUGUCAGGUCCUUGAAUUUCUUUUACUACAAGGGAAUCUCUUUCAAGGAAUCAUACCUACUUCUUUGGCUACUUUGAGAGGUCUUCAGUAUCUAGAUCUUUCACGAAACAACUUGUCAGGACAUAUUCCAAAAGACCUACAGAGACUUUCAUUCCUGAUAUAUUUGAACCUUUCGUCUAAUAAUCUGGAGGGUGAGGUACCCAAAGAAGGAGUUUUUCGAAACAAAAGUGCAUUAUCAUUGGAUGGAAAUACCAAACUUUGUGGUGGUAUUUCGGAAUUGCAGCUACCAGCAUGCCCCAUCAAAGUACCAAAGCAGAGAAAGUUGCAUGGUUUCAAACUAAAGUUCACAAUUUCUUUAGUCGCUGGAUGCUCUCUUCUGUUUGCAGUCAUCUUAGCUCUUUAUUGGGGGAGGAAAACUCAAAAGAAGAAACCAUUAUCUACAGUGUCAUCAAUCAACUUCAUUUCAAGGGUUUCAUACCAGACACUUCAUCAAGCUACUGGCGGAUUCUCUACGACCAAUCAAAUUGGAUCAGGCAGUUUUGGCUGUGUAUACAAAGGGAUUCUUGAUCAAGAACAAAACAAUGUUGUUGCCAUAAAGGUCCUCAACCUUCAACAAAAAGGAGCUUAUAAGAGUUUCAUGGCUGAAUGCAAUGCACUGAGAAAUAUCAGGCACAGGAAUCUUGUGAAGAUCUUAACAUGUUGCUCCAGCAUUGAUUACAACGGUAAUGAAUUCAAAGCUCUAGUUUAUGAGUAUAUGUCAAAUGGAAGUUUAGAGAAGUGGCUGCAUAGAGAAAACCAAUCAAGGAGUUUGACGCUUCUUCAAAGACUGAAUAUUGUUAUUGAUACGGCUCUUGCAUUGUGUUAUCUUCAUGACCAUUGUGAACCACAUAUUAUUCACGGUGACAUGAAGCCAAGCAACGUUCUUCUUGAUGAUGACAUGGUUGCUCAUGUCGGUGAUUUUGGGUUAGCAAGACUCAUCCCACCGACCACUGACUCCUAUGAGAAUAAAAGCAGCACAGUCGGGAUAAAAGGAACCAUUGGCUAUGCUGCUCCAGAGUAUGCAGUUGGUGCUGAGUCAUCAAAACAAGGGGAUGUAUAUAGUUAUGGGAUCCUUGUGCUGGAAUUGUUCACGGGAAAAAGACCAACCGAUGAAAUGUUUAUAGACAAUUGCAAUAUCCAUACUUUUGUUAAGACGUCUAUACAAGGAAGACUUAUGCAAAUUGUAGAUCCUACUCUUAUUGCCACUCUAGAAGAGACUGCAACUUCAACAACAAACAAUGAAGCCAGCAUCCAUGGUUACAACAAUGAAAUCGAAGUUGAUGAAGACAGCAUUGACAAUGAGAAUUUAAGCAUGAUGAACACUUACGUGUGGAAAUGCAUACUUCCAACCCUUAAGAUUGGACUUGCAUGCUCGGAAGAAUCACCAAGGAACAGGGUGUCUAUGGAGGAUGUCCAUAGGGAGCUACACCAUAUAAAAAAUGCUUACACUGGUGUUGACAUCCGUCGAGAAAGGUCAAAAAGAAGCUAAACAAAAGUAUGGCAUUGGAAGCAAGGUGUCACUAUUCUCUGUAUUGUACUACUGAAGACGUCUAAAGGGUGGAGAAAUAGAAGAGGUUGUAUAAGCUAGAGAGUUGUUGGAAAUGAAUGCUGAAGCUUUGCAAGUUGCUAAGGCAUACCGCCACCUUCUCAAAGCUGUCAAGAACCACGUUGCCAAAGAAGACACUAAGCGGCAUUUCAGAGAUUAUGUAACUGAAGAAUUUAGAUUCACAUGAAAAACCCAGAUACCAUGGAGUUUCCUACCUAAUUGAUUUUUUCCUGUGGUUUUCUUUGAAAUUUGCAGGUAUUUGAGCAAUUAUGGUUCCAGGGUAGUGGUAAACAAUUCUGGUGUGGAAGAAAACAAGGAAAAGACGGUGGUUAUCUAAAGCUUGACUUGUACGAGAAUUCUGUUAUCUAAAGUUGGGGAACUGCAUAUUUACCUUGCUAGCAAUCUAAUUUCAUGCAUAACAGAAUGUUUGCUGUAGUCUCUUCCUACUUUCAUUUUUCCUGCAGCUUUGUUGUUUUUGGGAAUUGCAGGGAUCAGCUGUGUAUAAGUUCAAGGCCUAUUGGCAAUGACGUAAUUAGCAUUUAUUUGGGAACAAUCUUCUUGCAAGGAAAGGAGAGGGCUGGAAAUCCUGAGACAUUGAGUCUAAAGCUAGGAAGUGACAUUAUUUUAACUGAAAAGGUUCAACCCUGCGGUGGUAUUUGGAGUGACAACUGCUCUUUGAAAAUGGGAAGAAGACGCCCCUUCAUACUUGCAGGAUCUCUCAUUAUCUCUGUUGCCAUGCCAUAAGUCAAUCAUUGCAAUUCUAGAGCUGCGUGCUAGGUGGGGGAACAGGAACUCAGCUAGCUUGCAUGAAUUUUGUUUUUUGGGGAAUUGCAGGUUCCAGAUGCAACUAGUGACCAUGCAUGAAAUUCGGAGAGAGUCUGUAGGAGAAGAAAGGAAUCCAGAUUCAAGCAGUGAUAGAGCAAUGGGCUGAGUUUCAAUAUGUUAUUGCAUAUUUUUGUUAAGUGUUACUCUUAGUUGUCUUCAUUAGGAACUUGAUUUUGGGCAUAUAUAACUUAAUUUGUACUUCUUCUAAUUACCUAUACUGACACUGCAACAAUUUAAUUACAUUGCAAUGAAAUAGAUGAGCUAAUGAACAAUAUAUGUGUUGUGUAUUCA